GUGUGUGAUUGGGGAUAUGGGAUCUGUCACUACAAGGACACUGACUUGUUGGCAAGUUGCAGUGCACUAAAAGGACUGAAGGAGACAUGUCCACAGGCUCUGUCAGUGAUACUGAUGACUUGUUAGAGCUGAGGGUGCUGGAUCUGCAGUACCCAAAAGCCAAAAGAACUGUUGGCUCUGAGCUACUGCUGGACCAUUCUGCAGAGAACUCAGAGGAAGAUGGAAUAUCUGAACCAGCCAAUUGCAAGAGGAAACGAACUUGCAGAAGCCAGCAGAGUCCAGACAAGAAGCAGCAAACCAGGACUUCUAAAGAGGGCAAGCAGACACAAAGGAAUGCAGCCAAUGCCAGGGAGAGAGCCCGCAUGAGAGUGCUGAGCAAAGCCUUUUCUAGGCUGAAGACUAGCCUGCCCUGGGUGCCCCCUGACACCAAGCUCUCCAAACUGGAUACCCUGAGGCUAGCGUCCAGUUACAUUGGACAUCUGAGGCAGCUACUGCAAGAGGACAGAUAUGAGAAUAGUUAUGUGCAUCCAGUCAACCUGGUAAGAAUGAAGCUUCCAUACAGCCAGCACCAGUCGGCUUCAAGGGCUGCUACAUGACAUGGCCGUUUGUGGUUUCAGGAAGACCAGAAUGUGAUGCCAAUGAAGUUACUUCUGCCAUUAGAUUAUGUGGAGCAACAGCUUAGGAAAUUGUCCUAUAUCUGCUGGAACUUUAUAUGUAUAUAAAAGAAUCUGCAACAAAAGCUGUAUUACUCUAGGAACCUAAAAGGGGAACAUUAAUUUUGUAUUGUUAAGGAAAGAUUUUAUGCAAUUUAAUUUUUUAACUGAUCAGUAUUACAACAAAGUGCACUUAAGUAUUAAAAAAUAGAUGUGACAGCCAUCAAAUAAAACUGGGAACUUCAAUUGUAUGAUGAACUGUUGACAUUGAUAUGGCACUCUCCUUUAUUUUUACAAAAAUCAAAAUGUUCUUAAACCAUGCAUGUUAAAAACCCUAAGAAAUAUCAGUGUUCAUUUUAAAAACAGUAUUACAAAUUAAUCAUAUAACAGAAAAUAGAUUUCUAAUAUAUUUUUUUAGUGUUUUUCUUGUGAAUAUGUAUUACUGUAUAUAUCAAAACUGAUACUUUGAUUUUUACAGAUUCUGUACAAUGACUAAAUGUAAAGAAUUAUUACCUGUAGUGUUAAAGUCUUUUUUUUAUUUUUUUAUUUGUAUAUUGUGAAAAAAAUGUAUAGUCUCAUACAGCUGUCACUUUAAAUGAGACUUUUCUUAUCUUUAAAGCUGAAAAUAUUUGAUUUACAUUGUAAACUGGAGUAUAUAUACUUUUGUCAAGCAAUAAUACAGUUCAAUAUACUUUAAAUGCAUUUUUAUUUUUUAUAUAAACUUCAUUAAACAGUU